GCUCCCAGAAGAGCUUAGAGCAGCUAGGAUCUGCCAUCCUGCUGUUAGCUUGUGUACACCACAGGGAGAGACGGAUAGUGAUGGAGAUCAGAUAGGCCAACCUGGCGAACAGAAGAGGCAACUAUGGGUACUGAUGACCAUAUCCUAAUCUCCUUGUCUGGAGAGGGCCCAUGGGGCUUCAGGCUACAGGGGGGAUCAGAGAAAAGCUUACCUCUCCUUGUGUCUAAGGUACGCAAGCGCAGCAAGGCAUGCCGAGGCGGUCUACGGGAAAAUGAUGAGCUGAUAUCAAUCAAUGGGAAGGUCUGCGCUGGAUUAUCACAUGCAGAAGCGAUGCUAAUGAUAGACUCAUCUGGCAGCAACCUCUAUCUUCGUGUGAAGCGGGCAGGAGCUGGAGCUCAGACUGUUCCACGGCCCCACAGGAGUCAAGACCCACCCAGCUCUUGGGCUGUAUCAUCGUCCUCCAAAUCCACACCUGGCCAGCCAAAGCUGCUACAUCUGGAGAGUAUCACUUCUCCUCCAGACAGUGAGGCAUACUACGGGGAGACUGACAGUGACGCAGAUAUCCAAACAUCUCCAGGGCAUCCCCAAAGCACUCAGCAACAUCAUAGCCAGCAACAACUUCCUCCAGAGAAGCACCGGAGGGCACGUAAAAAGAGCCCCAGAUCCCCUCCAGGAAACAACAUGAAAACUGAAACAGAGCAACAGUCCCUUUCUGAAAUGAGUGGGUACGAGAGUGGGCCUGGUUGUGUUUCUGAGUGUGCUGUGGUCCCAACAGGAGGGGUGGCCAAGAGGGAAAUCACUUAUCAACCCGGGGGUAGUAGAGCUGAAACCCCCUUCUCAGAUGUAGAAGGAUUUCUGCCAGCGGAGGAGGAACAGCAGAUAUCCAGUGUCUCUGCCCCUUCACCCGAAUCUUUACUGCUGCCCCAUGCCACCAAGACCAUCAGAGCUGAGAGGCAUCUAAUCCCUAUGAUCGGACCAGUGGAGCACCCUGUAGAUGAAGAUCUGACAACCUCCUACUCAGAAAAAGCCAAAGAAGCAAAGCUCCAUCGUAGUGAGAGUGUACAGGAGAAAAAUGUCAAGGAAGCUAGAACUAAAUGCAGAACAAUUGCAUCUUUGCUGACAGAUGCCCCAAACCCACACUCCAAGGGAGUGCUUAUGUUUAAGAAGAGACGACAGAGGGCAAAGAAAUAUACUCUGGUGAGUUACGGCAGUGUGGACGAGGAUCGUUACAACGAGGACGAGGACGGUGUAUUCCCAACAAGUGAAUCAGAAUUUGAUGAAGAAGGUUUCUCAGAUGCUCGUAGUCUAACAAACCACUCAGACUGGGACAGCACCUAUUUGGACAUUGAAAAGCCCAAAAUGGAACAUGAGCAACAGGAGGAAAAAGGACUGAGUGAGGCAUCAGGAAAGGGAGCUGAAAUGUUUGAGAUGCAAAGACAGAGAUCAGAACAGUUUUCUGUCGAUACUAUUCCUCCACAGAAUCCUCAAGAACAACAGACAGCAAGACCAGUACCACCACAAAGAAGAACAGCAAGUGCUCGUUCAUCAGUUAAUGCGGAGAGAAGUCAAGAUACUGGAAGUUCAGAGAGCACUAAAGUGGCUAGCACAAAUAUAUCAUUAUCUACUUCUCAGCCUACACAGGAAAGCAAUGUCGAUGCAUCUGCUACUGCUGAUGGCAUCUUUAAUAGGUCAGCAAGGCCAUUUACUCCUGGUCAAGUUGGGCAGCGCACAGUAGCUUCAUCAGUUACAUUCAAUCCUUCUACUCAAAAGAGAGUAAGUGAAUGUGUGCAAAACUUAACACCUUCACCAUUUACACAGUUCAGCCCAACCGCUUUAGUUAGUACUCAAAAGGCUUCUGGGAGUUCUGUUGCAUCGCUUUAUAUUCCAGCACCGGGAAAGCCAACUGUGUCAUCAACAACCCAACAUGCAGAAGGUACAAGAGCUUCAGAGAUCCCCUCAGUUGCAAUCACACCAAGAACCACAACUGCUUCUAUUUACCUCUCAUCGCCAUUGCGUCCAUCAGGUCCUCAGACAGAAAGUUCACAGCCAGUUGCAUCUAAACUAACAGAUCCCACUCCAGUGACCCCAUUGGCACACCCUGCAUCUCACAUAGUCAGCCCAGCAUCCAGUGUGUUGAAGGAAGCACCUUCUUUCACCCCUGCAGUAACUUCUAUAAACCUGUCACCGGAGUCUGUGUCUUCAAGAGAACAAAGAAUUUCUGUACCUGUUGGACGUACUGGUAUCUUGAAUGAGGCUCGGAAAAGAGGAGGCAGAAAGCAGAUGUUUGCCAAAGUGGAGGAAAAAAAGUGUUUACCCAACCCAGAGCUGCUGUCUAUGGUGCAGAACCUAGAUGAGAAGCCCAAGCAAGACCAACCUGGAACAGGGUUUGAAUCUGGACCUGAAGAGGAUUUUCUUAGCCUAGGAGCUGAAGCAUGCAAUUUUAUGCAGUCCUCAGCACGCAAAUUGAAAGUACCUCCUCCUGUGGCUCCUAAACCAAGUUUAAAAGCAACACCAGAGCAACUUGUAAACGGUAACCAAGACAUGCCCCAGCUUAAGGGUAAAGGAGCGGAAUUGUUUGCAAAAAGGCAAAGUCGUAUGGACAAGUUUGUGGUUGACUCAACACGUUCUUCUAGCUCCAGGCCUAAUUCCAGACCCAGAACACCUUCCCCAACACCUUCUCUUCCUUCUGCUUGGAAAUAUUCAUCCAAUAUACGUGCACCACCCCCUAUUGCCUACAAUCCAAUACAUUCUCCAUUUUAUCCCUUAGCAGCAUCCAAAUCUCAGCCUAGCAAAGUUGAGAGCAAAGUGAAAAAAAGCCCUCCUGGUAAAGCUAGAAUGCAGGCCAUUGAUUUCAUGCGUCAUCAGCCUUACCAGCUAAAUUCAGCAAUGUUCUGUUUUGGUGAUUCUUCAAAUACCACAAAUCAAAAUCCAUCAAGCCAAGAAACUGGUAAAUCUCAUUUACUGAUCACUCCAGCUAGGCAAGCUCCUGUGAAAACUGCAAGAACUCAUGACAUUAAACGCUUCUCAACUCCAACUCCAAUGUCAUCCUCGGUCAACAUGGCACCUACUGUGUUAACCCCUCGAUCUGCAACUACACUUGCUGAGCCAGUAUGGAGAACAGAUGUGACCUGUCAAUCUAUGCCAUCCAGUGCUGUAACUGCUACUCCUUACCAAACACCACCCCAGGGUGUUCUUCAGAAUUUUGACACUGUUGAAAAUAGGGCUGCUACAGUUCUCAGUCCCACCAGCUCAAUCACUUCACCUAGAUCAUCAAUUUCUAGGAUCCAGGUCCCCAAGCCCAGGUUUUCUGCAUCCAAAAUAGGAAUACAGGCUAAUGUAUGGCGGCCAGCAAAAGUAACCUUUUAAUAUCAAGAACAAGAAUGUAUGGAGCAAUCAACCUUCCAAGUUAAAAAAUCUUGCUAAAAUUGUUUUGUUUAAUUGUUUUGUGACUUGUGUAGACAAAAGGACUUCUCUAGUAUCUCCCCAGAGCUCCUACUUAAUAUGUUAAGACUGUAAUCUGUCUGGCAGAACUGAGAAAUUAAGUACACAGAUAAGGUAAAAUAUGAAAGCAUACGAUGGCAUGAUGUCUCUUGAUGGACCAGUGAAGAAGUGAAUAUGAAAUAGCUAUGACUAUGACAACAAAGAUGCAGAUAAGUUUGAUAUCAAUAAGAUUUUCAAUUAAGGUACAAGGAAAGGAAUGCAAGUCCUAACUGAAGAACACUCGCAGAGAUAAAAUAAUAAUGGACAUUGUGUGGAUAGUAGUUGAUGGCUUAAGAUAUGAAACCAGUUAUGCUGCCCCUUUAUCUUGAAGUGACAAUUAUCAGUCCGGACUCAAACCCAGAAAAACACGUGUGCAGACUUGUUACAUUAAUAUUGUAUCUCCUUAGCCACACAAAUGUUGGGUGUGUUUGCUUUUCCAGACUGCCAAUUACAGUGAUGGAAAGCUAAAUCUUUGUGUGGUGCACGGUAAGCAUCCUGUUUGGAGUAUUACUAUUGGAGUAUUAAGAAUCCAAUGUUUGAUGUGUUUAGUAAAGACUUCUAAUAAAUGCUCUGUUUUCAAUAAACACGGCUUGAGAAGAAA